AUGACUGCCGCACCCCCCUCGUCCUCGCCAGCAGCGCCAGACACGUCGCAGCACAAGGAACUCGUCCAGCGCCCAGGCGCCAUAGCACCGCACUCUACGCCUCGCUCAGCACCAGCUGCUGCCGCCCGGCCCUCGAGCAAAACAUCGUCUCCGCCCUCCGAGGACAACGAAGACCAGGACUCGUCCCACUCCACUGUCUCCAGGGCCCUUUCACACCAGCCAGCCCAGCAGACAGGUGCCCACACUGGCUCCCACACUGGCUCCCACACAGGCACUCUCCUUGCACAGACAGAAAGCAUGGGCGAAGUACACACACUCGCCCGCCCGCUGAGCAACACGUCCGAUGACAGCAUGUCGUCACGGCGGCCCUCUACGCCUCGCUCGCAGACCGAUCCUGCGCCAGAGAACACCUACACAUACCACACCCAGCCGCGCAACCGCUCGCAUGUACGCUCUCAGAGUGGCCACAGCGCACUCGCUCCUCCCAUGACCCGAGCGCACUCACUGCCCAUUGUUAUGCAGACCACGGGACGUCUCACUCUCUCACCCUUGCCCAUGCCUCUCGACCGCCCUUCUUCUCCGUUACGCUCGCCCAAGCCACGUAGCCCACGUACAUUCGAACCUCGUCUAGCAACAUCAGGUAUGCAGGAACGAUAUGGAUCUGGCAUCCGUCCAGCUUCUGUCGGCUCAUUCGAGGGCGCACCCAGCAUAUGUGAUAUUGCAGAGGAUGCAGAGCUCGAGCUCACACCUCGAGCCAGUAGCAGCAUGACCAGCCUGUACAGUAGCACUAGCUCCUUGUCGAGGCGUAGACGGCCAGCAUCGCCGCUUUACCAUGUCUCCAUACCAAUUGGACUCCCACCGACCAGUACGCCUUCUGCCAGCACACCGACGUCAACAGCUUCUUCGCCCAUGCUCGUCCCCUCUAAAUUCAACGAGCACUACCCUUCUUCCUUUGCCUCUUCUUCUGUUCCAUCCACGCCAACCUCAAUGCGCUCUCGGAGCCCUUCCAUCUCGUCUCUCGAGACCAUACCAGAUAGUCCUGACGCAGAGGAUCAGGCCAUCGAGGCAGACCGCAUUGCUCAAUUGAAGGCAGCAGCUGAUCGUGAAGACGGUGGAGAGUCCCGCAGAUCCAGCUUGGAUGUAGAAGGUCGCGGACGCGGCUUCGGCUUCGGCAAGAGGGACUCCAGGAAACGCUGGAGUGUCUGCGGAGGCGAGAGGCGCGUCGACCUUUCUCUAGGCACUGUCUGGGAAGAUUGA